AUGUAUAUCUCUCUUUCACACUCUUUCUUUCUUUCUUUCUUUCUCAGUCUGCGCAUGUAUAUCUCUUUUUCACACUCUUUCUUUCUUUCUCAGUUUGUUCAUGCUAUCUAUUGCUGCAUAGGCACCAAAAUGUUGCACUUGUUCUUAUCUAUCUAUCUCUAUUUAUUGUCUCUCUCUUUCUCUUUAUCUAUCUGUCUACCUCAGCCUGUUCUUAUCUAUCUAUCUAUCUAUCUAUCUAUCUAUCUAUCUAUCUAUCUAUCUAUCUAUCUAUGUUCAUUGUCCCUCUCUUUCUCUCUCUAUCUCAGUUUCUAUCUAUCUAUCUUCAUUGUCUCUCUCAUUCUUUCUUUCUCUCUCUCUCUCUAUCUCAGCAUCCUCUUAUCUAUUUUAGUCUGUUCAUUGUCUAUGUCUCUCUCUAUCUCAGCUUGUUCGUAUCUAUCUAUCUAUCUAUCUAUCUAUCUAUCUAUCUAUCUAUCUAUCUAUCUUAAAUUCUUUUUUUUUAUCUUCUUUCGUCUCAAUUGUUUGAAUGCAAAUUGUAUUAAGAUCGAGAAGCCAUCCGACUUAAAGAAAUCUCUCUUUCUCUUUCUUUCUCUCUUUUACUUUGUCUCUCUCUUUCUCUCUCUUACUUUGCCUCUCUCUUUUUCUUUAUUUCUCUUUCUUUCUUUCUUUCCCUUUCUAUCGUUCUCUCUGCCAAUUGUUUAUAUUUUACUGAACGGCCCCCCAGGGCUUCGAUAUUCGCUUUGA